CACACGCUUGUGCUGCAUACCCGGAUGUGUUUAUCGGUGACACCCGGGUAACAGCUGUUUGAAUCUUGCUUUGCUAGCUGAAUCUUGAGCAAAUAAUUUCUUUUCGGCCUUGAAUACUACACGAAAGUGCGCCAGUACCCGGAGUUAAAAGACUGAAGGACUGUCAGCAUGGAGCCCGCCUGCCGUAAAGACAAACCGAAGCUGAACUCUACCCCGACAAGAGGAGACCGAGCCAAGCAGAAAUCUGCACAACAAGAGCUCAAACAGCGGCAGAGAGCGGAGAUUUAUGCCUUGAACAAGGUGAUGACGGAGUUGGAACAGCAGCAGUUUGAGGCCUUUUGUAAACAGAUGCAGUCGCAAGGAGAAUGACGAGUCCCGCCUUCCUCUCUCCCCUGGACCAGGAGCCAAUCACCUUCUGAGCACACAAUGUACGCACACCGCUACAGACUUACAAUCACACGCUCUCUGAAGUUCAACGGGACAAUUUCACUGACUCAAAAUGUCUGACUCAGCCGCCUGUCUGUGCGAGAGACGACUGAAAGCUUUGUUUGACCAUAUGACCAACAGAAGAUGAAUCACAUAUGUCAUAUGAAUACAUGAUCAGACCUGAGCUUGCAAGCUCCCUUUGUAGUACCCUUAGUAGUGACCUUUAAAUGUACAUUUGUUAAUUUGUAAUUUGAACUAGUCAAACUGAUUAUCAUCUGAACAUAACCCAUUCAGGAGGCAUCGUGUUAUUUGCCUCAGAGUGGUAAAGUAUUCACUGUUCUUCUAAGUCAGAGACCAACCAGUUCAAAGCAGGUUAUGGAGCUCUGGUGUUUUCUUUCUGUUUAUGCAGAAAAAUAUCAAGAUUUGUUACUUUAACUCAUUAAGCCGAGUGAGUAGAUUAGAGCCACAUGAGUAGCUCUACAUGUUGAAAAGAACAAAAACAUGAUACAAACAAUAUAUAAGUCAUUUACAUCAAAACUGUUUUUAAAAUGUGAUAAAAGAGCUGCACAGGUUCUGUACUCGGUUGUAUAUCAGCAGCCACACAAAACUUCAACAAAGAAAACUCCAGCAGCUGAUAUUUGAUUUUAUAUGUCACUCUUGUAUUUCUGCAAAAAUUAAACAAAAUGUUUUUUUUGUCUAUUUAUUAAA